AUUAGGAGGCCCACCACACAAUUGGUUGGGCUUCAUUUGCAACGGAAAUGGGCCAGCCAAUACGAAUGUCGGUGUAUAAACUGUAGUAGAAACUGUUUCACUUCGCGUGUCCUGCUUCCUCCCUCUCCGCCGGUGUACGGUCGUAGUUCUGUUUUUGUUUCAUUUGGCUACUGUUUGCAACGAGGGUUUUGUGGCAAAUCAGUUCUUUUAACAACCAAGUCGCGACAUUCUUCUCCUCAGUGAAAGCACUCGCUCAAGCUACUUUCCCGUUCAUUUUUCAUGCUUUGCUUCUCAUUCUGUUGAAUGUACGGAUCCAAGUCCUUUUCCAAGAUAUGGUUGCAAAUUCUCAGGGUGGGAACCUUCAUCAUAAAAGAUUUUGGAGAAACCCACCAAAACAAAUUCAAUAAUUGCAGCACUAUCAUGUAUGGAUCAUAUUGUUUGGUUGGUAGUUAUCAAAAAAGGGGGGUGGUGUUUUUGGGCCCUUUGGUGGAACAAUAAAGAUUACAUUUUGCUUCCUCCCCAUCUGAAACUUUGUCUGUUUUGUGUUUUGGAACAGCACGGGUUACCACAUUUACCUACCCUGCCUUGCUCUAAGCUAGGCUGGCAAUCACGGAGGAGGAAAACAAUAUGUGGAUCACUUACUUGCUCGGUUGCUCCACAUCUGGCUGUGAUUGGUAAACAGACCCGCUCUUCAUGAGGAUGAGGGAACCACAACCAUGUUCUGAGGUAAGCAUUUUAGUUUUACUACUUUUAAAGAUGGGCUGCAACUGUGUUACUUAUCUUCUUCUCUCAAUUGUUUGUGGAUUCUGCAUUAGUAAAACUAGUGUAUGGGGAAGCAUCCAUCUUUCUUAACGUCUGUGCAUGGCAUGAAGUAGAGGAGGAACUACAGUAAGUGAUAAAAAUGUAGAACAUAG